AUGAGGUCUUCCUUACUUCUCUGUGCCGGCUUCCUGGCUCCAGUCACCGUCUUUGCUGCUCCGGCUACUGCGAAUCAUGACCUUGCGAGCUUCAGCCCAACCACUGCCGUACGCGACAGUUGUCACGGCAAGAGGGAAAAUCUGUGUAGCCUCAACGCACCGCCGGCGCUAUGCCAGCCUAAUGCUUCGGUGACGGUCGAGGAGACGGCAUUACGGGCGUACCAGUUCUACCGCGCCUUUGUGGUCGACGGGGAUCCCAAGACCAUGUUUUCCCUCAUUGACUCGACAUACAAGCAACACCAUCCCGGAUACGCCGACGGCCCCAACACCAUCUGGCCCAUCUUUUGUAGCGGUAACAAGCUCGGAACGGAGCAGAAUACCACGUGGUGUUUUGAUGCCAGUACCAACAUGUCGUACGCGCAAUACUCGACCACGGACCGCUGGCGAUGGCUGGACGGAUGUGUUCACGAGCAUUGGGACCAGGGCGAGACGAUUCCAAAGGACAAGUGCUACAAAUUGAAUAGCACCGGUAUAUAUUGA